GCUCUUCAGGGGGUCCGGGACACAAUGAGAGUGACCUUGCUGCAACUGAUCUAAUAGCGGGACCCCUGAUUGGCUGAAGAAAACGAGGACAGUAGCCACUCGGUGAGUAAGUUCGGUUGGCAAGUCAACAGAAGAGGACGAAUAUAUUUCGUUAACCAUUUCCAUUUCAAAUCAUCUUAACCAAAUACCACACAAGGCGAAAGUCUUCCUUGUGUACUGUACCCAUACCAAUAAAAGACAUUAAUAACAAACACGGGUAUUUAAGGAACGUGUCAAUACUCUCAUACACAGUUCUGGAAUUUUGACUCGUUAAAAAAUGUAAAUAAAUAUUAAUAAACAUAUGUUCUUGUGUCUGAACACUUAACACAUAGAAUUGUUCAAAUAGAAAGAACUGUAAAAUCAGCGAAGAUCUGAUAAACUGAGAAAUUAUCGAACAACGGUAAUGCAUGCAGGAUAUUUAUUGAUUCCAUUAUGAAGUGGUCCCUAACAACGGAAAUUUCACACGGAAACUAAUGUCCAUCAUAUUUGGAAAAUAUCAAACUUAAUUAAUGAUGACAGAAACUGUAUUGAUAAAAUCAAAGGAAAAUGUGCAGUUGUAAAUAAUUAAGGAAAGUGCUGUUGCUUAUCUUAUUGAAUUCAUAUAAUAUAAAUUUACGAACUAUUUUGCUAGCUAUUAAGAUUGUUGUUUUAACACACACAAGAAAUAUAACGAAAUGGCGUCGCUUACUCAGGUACGCGAUAAAAUCUUUGAAAUGAUGGACAGGGCUGGUACUUACAUACAUGAGCCGACACAUCAGCGCCGCUUAGUCUUAAUCAUUGUCUGUGUUGCUUUACUGCUGGACAACAUGCUUUACAUGGUCAUUGUUCCAAUUAUACCAAAUUAUCUUCGAAAUACAUUUUCUCAUGAAUCUAUGACAACGACAGUUAAGGCACCUAUUAAGUACAAUCGCAUCUAUCGCAAUGUAACCGGGGCUCCUAACACAACAUCCUGGUAUACAGUUGUUAGUGAAACGACGACAUCUAUACCACCGCCUCCCAUCGAUUAUGGUAGCGAAGGAGGGGCAAUAGGCUUCUUAUUUGCUUCAAAAGCUAUCCUUCAGUUAAUGGUCAACCCCUUUACAGGGGCUUUGAUUGAUCGAAUAGGUUACGAUAUGCCAAUGAUGAUUGGUUUGAUUAUUAUAUUUCUAUCAACCGCUGUAUUUGCAUUUGGAGAAAGCUAUGGUGUGCUUUUUAUGGCCAGGAGUCUGCAGGGAUUGGGAUCGGCUUUCGCCGAUACAUCAGGUUUGGCUAUGAUUGCUGAUCGAUACACGGAAGAAUCCGAACGUAGUAGGGCUCUUGGCAUUGCUUUGGCCUUUAUAUCAUUUGGUUGUUUAGUGGCUCCACCAUUUGGUGGUAUUCUUUACGAAUUUGCUGGUAAAGUGGUGCCGUUCUUAUUUUUGGCAACCAUGUCGCUUAUCGAUGGUUUUCUCUUACUUCUCGUUAUGAAACCAGUGAGAGCUCAAAGAUCCAAAAUUCCAGAGGACCAGCGAGUGAAGGGAACUCCUAUUUACAAACUCCUCAUGGACCCUUACAUCGCUAAUUGUGCCGGUGCUUUAGCAAUGGCUAAUGUUUCGUUGGCUUUCCUCGAGCCCACGAUCUCACUCUGGAUGAAAGAUACGAUGGACGCUAGUGAAUGGGAAAUGGGCUUCAUUUGGUUGCCCGCUUUCGUACCGCACAUCGUUGGAGUUUAUGUAACUGUAAAAUUUGCUGAAAGACGUCCAAAUAAACUGUGGGUUCUCGCUGCAGCAGGACUUGCUUUAGAAGGGGUUUCUUGCUUUUUCAUCCCCUUCGCUACUACUUUCACUUUUCUUAUGUUUCCAAUCGCCGGUAUUUGCUUCGGUAUAGCUUGUGUAGACACGGCACUUUUGCCAACUCUUGGAUAUCUAGUCGACACUCGACAUGUAUCCGUCUACGGUAGCGUUUAUGCUAUUGCUGACAUAUCUUAUUCUUUGGCUUAUGCUAUCGGACCAAUAGUUGCCGGUGGAAUCGUCCAUUCGAUUGGUUUCUUAGCUCUCAAUAUUUUAAUUUGUAUCAGCAAUGUCCUUUAUGCCCCAGCCCUAUUUUAUCUAAACAAAGCUUAUGCUUAUAAACCAUUUGAGAAUGAAGAGAUGAAAACUCCUGUCACAGAGGACCGCAGCUUCUAUAAUACUAGUGACACACAGUCCCAACAAAACUAUGCUAGUUACGGUGGGGCCAGUGAUAAAGUUGAAGCUGAUCAAAAGCUAAAUCUAGAAAUGGGUAAACCUUCCCAAGCAUGGGAUCCACCCGCAGACCAUGGCUACCAUAGUAGUGAGAGUCGUUACAAUACUAGUAUCGGCACUGAUAAAAGAAGCACAUAUAAUAACACUGGUGGAAGUAAUUAUACUCAGAGCAGUGGAACUGGUUACAAUCCUACCGGAAGCAGUUAUAAUAACAGCGGAAACCGUUAUGGUGGUGGAAAUUAUAACAAUGAGACAAGUCAGAGAUUUGGUGACGAUAAAUAUAACAGAUGGGAACAACCUUAAGAUCGAUGCAUACGUGCACAGACAUGUACGUAUAUAUCAAUAUACAAAUACAUACAUUCAUAUACACACAUAAGCAGCCAUAGAUAUGAUGAUAUUCAUUUAUAUAUGAUAUGUAUAUAUAUAGAUAGGAACAGAUUUACAUAUUUGUAUGAGUAAAAAUAUUCUAAUUAUCUUAGAGCUAAACUUGACAGAAGAACAAUAUUCAUAAUACUCGAACAUUAGAGAAGAAAAAAAAAACUGCUGAAAUUGAAUAGGAGUAACAAGUAUGAAGGCAGGUAUUUAGUGCGCAUGUCAUUGAAUCAAAGUGAAGACUUAAAGAUAGCUAUUUGCAUUUCACAUCAGAUUUUCAGUAACAUUUCCUCGGUAACUCAUUAUUAAAUUGAGGCUUUUGAACGUCACGUAGACGCAACACAACAGUUGUUAAAUAGGACUAAUUUUAAAAUGGUGCAGUAAAUUUAUCGCAAGCAAAGGUAAUAUAGAUUUCUGAUUAUCUGUAGAAAUACAGUUAAAUUAUAAUUGAUUUAACAUAAAUACCGGUUAAUUCGUCCGGGAAUUUAAUAAAACAAAUAUGGUAACAGUAUCAAGUGUUGAGGUGAACCACUUCCUAACGUAUUAGGAUAACUACAUUAGAAUGCAUGAGAUUAACAGCGAAUUAAGCAUAAACUACUGCCAUCUUAGCAAUAAUAAUAAUAAUAAUAAUAAUAAUAAUAAUAAUAAUGAUAAUGAUAAUAAUAAUAAUAAUAAUAAUAAUAAUAAUAAUAAUAAUAAUAAUAAUAAUAAUAAUAAUAAUAAUAAUAAUAAUGAUAAUGAUAAUAAUAAUAAUAAUAAUAAUAAUAUAAUAAUAAUAAUAAUAAUAAUAAUAAUAAUAAUAAUAACAAUAAUAAUUUGUCUCUUAGGGAUAGUAAGGAUUAUCAGGAGUGUCCUAAGCAUUUGAAAGUCUGCUGAAACUAGUGGGUACCUAAGGUCAUAGGUAAUAACCUGUUAUCCACAGAAUCCCUAUCAGGAAUACGACCGAACCUGAGAAAAGCCAAAAUAAUAGUAAUAAUGAUUUCUGUGUUGAUAUUCUGUAUCAAACUACCCCUUCACAUCAACCAUCUGAAACUUCAUUGAAAAAAAACAACAAGAGAUUACUAACGUAAAUAGUAGGUUGCCAUAUAUAUAUAUAUGAAAAAUGAUGUUGGUAGUGGUGGCAGCGGUAAUUGUGAUGGUGGAGUUGGUAAUGGUGGUGGUGGUGGUGGUGGCGGCAGUGGUGGUGAUGGUGGUGGUAUUGAAGAGGAGGAGAAAGUAGAAGGAAGGAAAAUAAUAACCAAGAGAACAACAACGAGGAUUUUGAUAAUAGUGUGCAAUGCAUGGUAAGGUAGAAUAGCAAUGCCAUGACACCACUGUAAAAUGGGAACAGUAUUCAUAGAAGCGAGUCUGGUGUUAAACUUCAAUUUCUAGUUGAAAUUGCUACACUUGUUUUACAUCUCCUACAUCAGUGAGUUCAUUUGUAAUUAACAAAUUAUGUGAUAUAUAUGAAACACCAGACUGACUUGCUUUUGACAAGAGCUGGAUUUCAAACUCCUCAGUCGUGACUAAACCAUCCAAAAUAGUUGUAGAAAAUACUACGCUUACAUAUUUUUGACAUUUACAUUUAUUUUCUACAUUUAUAUGUUUCAUAGAACACAUCAGAAUAUUACAGAAUAUUUACUCUACUCGUUUACCAAACCUUUUAGUUUUUUGGUGUUAUUUCUGCGAUUGAAGAAGCGCAUUGUAUUUGUUAUAAAACAUUGUGUAGUGUGUGGAGAUGCGUGGCUUAGUGGUCAGGUUGCUGAACUCAGAAUCGUAAAAUUGUGGUUUCGAUUUCUAGACUGGGUGAUGUGUUGUGUUCUUGAUCCCAACAUUCUAUUUCACGUUGCUCCAGUGAAAAAUGAGUAAUCCUGCGACAGACUGGCGUCUCGUCCAGCGGUGAUUAUAUAUACGCCACAGAAACUGGGAAAUCGGUUCUAUCAGUUCAUAUGAUCAAGGAAGGAGGUUUAUUCUUUACAGCAUAAUGUAGUAAUUUAACAAGAACGUCUAGAAUGACUAUGUUGCUGCAGGGACAGUAGUUGGUAUUUAGGCAACAACUUAAUGUUGUAUG